AUGGAAGGAAAAGAUCUAAAAAGAAAAAGUACAACAGAUCGACCAAUAUCUUUUUUAAUGAAGGAUGAUAAUCAAACAGAUAAAGAUCAAGCAGUAAAGAAACAAAAGUCGAAUCAUCAUGAGAAUAAGAAUGUAGAUAAUAUAGUUUGUGAAGGUACAAUAACAACAACAGAAGAAACAUCAGAAACAACCACAACAAUUAAAAAUGAAAGUAGUAGAGAACAGAUUGUAAUAAGAUCUGUUUUUAGACAGAGAUAUCUGCUGCGUUUGAUCAUGGAGAAAGUCAAGGAGUUAUCGAAUAUCAGAGGUUUGACACCGGUUUUCUUUUUCACCAAGAAACUGAUUUCACCCCAUACUCCAUCUGUUGUUCUUCCUGAAGACUACAAACUGUCUGGAAUAACUAAUAUACCGAAUCGUGCCUCUCCCGUCUUCGAUAUACCACCAAAUCCAAAGAGAUACAUGGAUAUUGAUGAUAUUAGUUGGAUGUGUCGCAAUAAAUACACUGCACUACUUCGUUACAAACUGGAGAGGAAUGAACCUCUCAGACUCACCGAUAUUCGAUCCACCUAUAAAACAAUUGGUACCGACAAACAGCUGUUCAAGCAAUUGUACGAGCGACACCCAAAUAGUUUCGCCGGUUCACUUCCAAAUCUUAUCCAACAAGAUAUCACCAGAGAUAUGUUGGAGUUCAUAAUGAAUGAUCUGAUGCCUUCCUCAAACAAUAUUAUCCAGAUAUUGCACAACUUUAUCAAAUCGAAUAAUCUGGAGUUCGUCGAACUGAUGCUUACUUUUCAAACUCCUACACCAAAUAGCUACCAAGAGUUGCCAUUGGUUCAGUCAAGUAUCAAGUCAGGAUUGGCAAUGGUGAAAUUACUCACUCCACGAUUCCGACCAUUGUAUAUAGCGUACUCUAACAACGACGAAAUCUUUAUGAAUUUAUUGGAGACUCGAGAUUUGGAAUUGAUCGAUUAUUUCCAAUCAAACUUUGGAUUGGUUUUCAAACAAAAUAUUUACGACAAUUACAACUUCAAUGGUGUCAGUAAAGUAGUUAGUAAAGAGACAAACAACCAGGAAUCAAUUGAAAGAAACGAACAUACUAUUACCAAAAUCGUAGAGAUUCUUAAUAGCAAGACAUCAGGUGUUGAGAUUACACGACGAUUGGCAGAGUUGGAACGAUCGAAAUAUGGAAAUGGAGGUGUACCCAUCACUGAAUCCGAUGCUAUCAAUAUGCGUGAAUACAUGAUUCGAUACUAUCCAUUGGUUAUGUUGGGUGAAGAACCUUUCUUUCCAGAGUCCGAUCAACAACUUCCCAUUGUUCAAUACAUUGUGGAAGAAAAGAAGGAUACAAUCGGUGCGAACGCAUUGACUUCACUCUUUUAUGCAAUCUCCAAUGGAUUGAAACAAAUCACCAAUUACUUAAUCAAUAACGUGGAUAUCUCAAACCUCAUCAUGAACAACGUUCCCUAUCAUUCCGGAUCAGUCAAAACCAAAUGUAUCUCGUCAGCAAUUCAAACCAAACAAUUUGACAUUGUCGAUUUGCUAUUCAGCAAGUGGAGAACGAUGCUCGAAGAACGCCAAGUACUCAAUAUUAUCAGAAAAGCAGGUUCAUUCGCAGCACUCCAAUUGUUUUUCAAACACUUCUCACGUGCCGCAUUGGGUACAAGAUUCCAUUGUACCAAUAUCGGUUAUAUGUUAGACAAUCUUCAAGCCGAGGAAUUUGAAAUCGAAUGUGACAACAUUGAUAAUAAUCUCGACUUUACAGUAUGUGGACAAGUCGGACUGCCAGCUAUCAUCAUCGCCUAUCUCAAAUUCAAAAAAGAUCGAUUCAAUACCAAUAACUUGGAAGCUGCUUUGUAUGCCGCUGCUAAACAUAACCAAUUGAAUUUCCUCCUAGAAGUCCACAAGCUGAUGCCCGACUACCGAUUCAAAAUGACUACUAACAUGCGUGGAACCCAAGGAAUAAACAAAUCGACUGUCGAAUAUUUCAAUGAAACAUUUAAACUACAAACAGCAAAACCAACAACAAAGAAGAAGAAGAAAUAA